UGCUCAUUGUGGCAGAAUUUGCAGUGCACUGGACUGUACAGAGCAGGGUAGCAUCCAGGCUGUUGUCUGUGAGGGGUGGGGUCCGGCUACACUGAUACCACCAAAUCUAAGCUUUACAGAGGGUCACAGAAAGGCAGAAAAAAGAGAGAAGAGGGGGGAAGAUUGCACCUGAGGAGGACUUUAAUACGGAAUGAAAGUUGACACCCCGGUGAACAGCAGCAUGAGCGUCGGCCAAGCCAGGAAGUUGGUGGAGCAACUGAAGAUAGAAGCUAGUUUCUGCAGGAUAAAGGUAUCAAAGGCAGCCGCCGACCUGAUGGCGUACUGCGACGCACACUCCUGCGACGACCCGCUGAUCACCCCCGUGCCCACCUCAGAGAACCCGUACAGGGAGAAGAAAUUCUUCUGCGCUCUGCUUUGAGGCCAAUCAGGGAUUGUUGUGAUUGACGGUACAACUGUACAGUAUGUACAUGUAUGUACAGUGUGUACAUGUACUUCUGAUCCGAAUAAGACAUCAAUGUACUAUAGUAACCUUGCAUAAAAAGCUGCCGAUGUACAGUACACAAUCAACUACAAAAUAUCUUGAACUAAAUUCAGUCGCAAUGUCGAGAGGGGGAGAACAAAAAAAUAACAAUACCCAAACGUGCAAUCAAUACAGAGUCAUUAUGAAAAACAAAACUAAGAAAAGAAAUAUAAGAAACAGCUUUCAUCUGGUUGAAAACACAUUUCAUGCUCAUUUAUAUUACAGGUAACUGCCAAAAAGGAAACAGCAUCAGUGCAUCAAGUGUCUUAAUAGGCUCCACCAGUCACAGGAACACACUCAUAUGGAUUUAGGGCUGGGCGAUAAUUUAAUAUGAUCAUUUAUCAUCUUUCAAUGCAAUUGUAUUGUGAUGAAAUCAUAUAUCAAGAUAUCGUGAUACACAAUUAUGUCGUCUAAAUUGAUAAUUACGAGCACAUACAAACUCAAAUUUCUCAGAAAAUCGGAUGUGAACUAUUUUGAGGGCAUUUAAAGACUGCGGUUUUGUUUUUACAUCACACUUUACAUUACAUUUCAAUGUGAUUAACAAAUGUGUAUAUAUGGAAAUAUUUAACCGUUAUGUUCAUUUUGCACUAAAGAUCUUAAUCAAAUGAGAAAACACUCUGUACUUUUCAUUUGUCAAGUACUUAAUUCACACAGGAGUAUACAAAAAUAUACUUUAAAGUGUAAUUUUAGACUAUUUAUUUAUUGAACUACGAGAAAACAUGCUAUAUCGUGAUAUAGUUAUCGAGAUAUAAAAUUACCUGUAUCAUGAUAAGAAGAUUUUUGGCCAUAUCGCCCAGCCCUAUAUGGAUUCUGCAGCAUGACACAUUUAACUGGGAGGCUAAAUUCCCACAUUAAAUCUUUGGAUUGUGGUGGUGCUACAUGUCUCAGAUGCUGCUCUGAUAGGUCAGUUCUCUCCAUAGAAAUUAUCCGUACAUUUGAGAUCUGGCAUCUGAGAAAAAAGAUAAGCCUAUGUUAGGUUAUUAAGUAUGACAUUUCCCAUAUGGUGACUGCUUGUAGAUGGAGGUAAUAAUAACAGCCUUCUUCAGAUUAGACAUGCUUUACUUGCAGGUAGAGCUCUUCAUUCCGUCUCCCAUCAACAUUUAGAUUGUCCUUUUAGUAGAGCUACAUGCCAUCUAUUGUCAAUAUAUUUUGUAUUUACUCGUUGACUUUCCUCUGUUUUGGCAGUUACUUGUACUUCCCGAGGACAACAGCUGUUUAUGAGUGGAGAGUAAUCAUUUAGUUUCAAGGUUUUAUUAAGACGUUUGCUCAUUUCUAUACUGUUGCUGUGGUGUGGAUGUGGAAGUGUGUGUGUGUGUGUGUUUGCAUAGGUGCUACUGUGAAACAAUUCUAAGCAUCUGAUCACUGUCAAAUCAAGAUUUUAUAGUUCAAUAGCACAUAGACCCAAAAAAAAAACAUUCCAGGGGUUAUGGACAUUUAAUAUACUAUAAUCUAAGCCAUUAAAGCAAAUUAUGAGUCUGUCA